AAGAGUGAGACGUCGACCCGUCUCGCGCCUCGCGUCCUCCUCUCGCGUUUUCAGUUCUCCGACCGAACACACGACGGCGACUCGCCAAAAACCACGCGAGACUCGGAUCGAACCGACGAGGGUAUCGUGUCCGCGAUAUUGCGCGACGCCGUUAUCGGGAAAACUCGAAAGGAGCCCACGAAGGGACGUCUCGAGAAAACACCUCGUGUGCGUUACGACACAGCGACCCAGGGGUGAGGGAGGCUACGAGCACGCGGCGGAGUAACGGAGCAACAGUGUUCGGCGACCUUCCUCUGGAGUGCGUCGGCCGGAGACAGUGCAGGGGGCGAACCGAGUGUCACCACCGACUGAUCGAGGACCCCGAGAGGUCAGCGAGAGGGCAUCGUAUCUCCGCGAUUCGGUCUACCGAGCCGCGAAAGGCGUGGUGAGUGCGUCGUUCGCGUGCGUUUAUCUCAUUGCGCGGUGAUUGUACAGCUAUACGAAACCACGCGAAGCACGAGACUGAUAGUGAAAUGUGAAUCGAAGUAUCAAUAAGAUAACGUGACGAUAAAAUCGGGAACGGACGAAAGGGGUAGAGUGCACGGAGAGAAACGCAACUUCGUUCCGCGGAUUAUGCGUUGCCUGAAAACCUUGACCGAUCUCUCGAGAGCGUUCUUUGCGGUAAUGAUCUGAUCGUCAUGCUCGUUCGUCGGUGACUCGUCGGGAAGCGCGGUCAGAGGAUUUUACGUGGCUCGACCUGGCUGCAUGAACCGAAGGGUGUCCCGAGAGAAAUCGCGACAACGGCGGUAGUCGGGCAUGAUCGCGGAGGAUGAGGAAGAAGUACAAAAAUAGCUGUCCCCGUGGUUGACCGGAGAUGCACAGCUGACCAGCCACGUCGGAGAGGAAGAGAGAGAGAGAGUGAGUGAGUGAGGAAGAAAGGAAAAGAAAGAGUGAGACAAGAGGAGAGGGAGCGAGUGCCGGACGUUCGAUUAGCGCUGGCGAGCGCCGCGACUCGCGUCGGGACGCGAGCAGACGAGGAAUCGAUCCGAUCGCGGCAUUCCACGUAAACUCGACUGCAAACACACCACGUGCCUUUACCGUCGUAACCGUUGGACGCCUCUCAUCCUGGGCCUUUUUCCCUUCGCACGGCCGUCGACUCGUCGAGCGAAAUCGAGCCGUCCCGCACGACGAAGGUUCCUCGUUCGCGAGCACAAGCAAUUGAACGGCGACAUCGGUGGAGAGAUGUCCGAGCCAUGCGCCUCUCCGAGAUUACCGCAUUCCGCGACCUCGGCUGCCGUGAAGCCUGACCUCGAUCCCACGAGGUCGAACGAAGUUGGCGAAUAUUACAUAGGAGUGCCUGUGGUCAGAAACGUCAACUCCCUGAGGAUCGAAGCCUCGAGGCUGUUGACCCGCAUCGCGACGCCACCGCGUUGGUGUUGUUACCCGACCGUAUUAGGGUGCUCGAUCGCAAAUUAAACGCGCGACGCGCGAAAUAAAUCGGCGCGCGCGUCGAACGGCAAUCGGAGCGAUAUGAGACGUUGCCGACGAGAGAGAGGACAAGUCGCUUCGAGGACGGACGCUGCCGGCGAGCGACCAAGGCAUUGUCGUAGAUUCUUCUGAAUCAACGACGACACCGCGGAAAAUCCGCGGGAGCUGCCCGAUCGCCAGCCGCGUCCUGGAAGCCGUAGCCCACCGCCGGUCGAUCCGUAUCCUCGCUAUAAAUAGGUGUUUCCUCACGCCACCUGAGAGAGACACACGCACAUCGGAAGUGACAACGCGUGCACGUGCUGGCAUACGUAUGCCGGCCGUUCGACAAGGUGGGACCGACCUUUCCCGCGUCCUUGGCUCGACGGCAGGAGGAAUCGUCGCGACGCCCCGCGCCGACGAUCUUAGACGUAUAUCUAGAUAGACGAGAACUCCGGGUCCAAACGAACAUCGGCGAGUAGGAGACACAUCGAAGUUAUUCGCGUGCGAACGCGUAGAAACGCAACCGCGCUCUCUGACAAUCCAUACGGGAUAUCGAUACCGCGAGAGAACGAGCGAGACCAAAAACAACGACUGCAUCCCUCGGUAUUCCUGUAGCGCGCGAAUAGAAGCACCUGGACGACGACUCUCUCUCUCUCUCUCUCUCCUCUUCGCUUAGCCCUGCGUCGCCCUUUCGUAUCUACCAAGAAGCAGACGGAGGAAGGAAGUAAACGGAUGUACCGCUGAUCCGCGUGUUGAUCCGACCGCAGCAACGAAUCUUUCCUUUUCCUCGCGAGUUAAGUCGCGUUACGUUACUCUAUCUUAUACGGCUGAUCACUAUGCUCAACUCGUGCUGUGCUUUUUUCUACCGUACUCGUGCAUUAUACGCGAGUGUUUUCCUAGUGCUUUAGUGUUUACUGCGCGAUUUAUUAAUUAAAAGAGAUCGGGCCCGGUGCGCCCAUCGCACGGUCGAACGCGGAAGUCUCGGCUGCCCAGGUACCUGGGAAUCCUGUUCCUGAGAUGCCUGUUAGACGGGGUCACGUGGCGCCCAGAACUACUAUCAUCGAAACCAUCAUCAGGAAGUUUGAUACGCACGAUCGAAGCUUUUUAGUGGCGAACGCGCAGCAGGGACUAUGCCACAUUAUCUAUUGCUCGGACGGUUUCUGUCGGCUGACGGGCUUCUCAAGGGCCGAAGUGAUGCAGCGACCGGCGGUCUGCGACUUCCUCCAUGGACCAAUGACAUCACCGCACGCGGUUGCGGCCCUGCGAGAUGCCCUUGCCGCUGGCGUCGAAAAGCACUUCGAGAUCCUUUACUACAGGAAGGACGGAACCAAGUUCCUCUGCAGCGAGGUGAUAGCGCUAAUAAGGAGCGAGGUGGACGACAUUUGCCUGCAAAUCAUAAACUUCGAGGAUCUGAGCUCACAGCCGCCACCGCAGCCCGCGAUCCCGCCGCCGACUCAGGCCAACAACAGACUCGCGACACGCUUCGACAGGGCAAGGGCGUCCUUCCGUGCUGGGCUGUCGAGAACCGGUGUCGUUGGUCCGCCGAGGGUCCGGAAUCGACCGCGCACGACGUCUAAUUUGCCUCACCGACUUGCUGACGGGACCAUCCUCGACGAGGACGCUUCUGAGAACUGCCCGUUAACAUGUGGCUCGCCCACAAUGAUGGAAUCUUGGGGCCCUGGGAGGACCGGCACACCCCCGCCGGGUCUACCACCGCCGCCGUCGGGCGGCAGCAACAACAAUGGUGGCGCAACAACGUCGGCAACUACUCCGAGCAUAAUACCACAGCCCGGCACCACUGCUCCCAUCGCGAGUCCCGAGGGAGUGAGCGAUGUCUCGCAAAAGUCGGGAAUCUGGGAGGGCGGGAACUCGUCUUCGGGGGGUGUCGCAGAGGGCCCUUCGCGGAGUGUCUCUCACGCGGCGAGUCUGGAUGCUAUCUCGAAGCGAGCCGUGAAAGCAGAAACGGCGAGAGCACCUUGUCGCAGUCUCACCUGCAGCGUUUCGGGCCGAGGGAGCGAACACGUCACCCUCGAGCGACGACCAGCGACAGUCGAUAAUCUGGCCGAAGCUGCGAAACAUUCGAAAAUCUUUCCUGGCGUCGCUUCCGAAAGCGAUUUGCAGAAAUGGCGAACGUCCAGGGACAGGAAGUCGCCGUCUUUGAGUCAGAUGGGACCGGACUCCAUCAAACACAAAUUUUCCUUACAAGACAAUGGAUCUGCGAAGUAUUUUCAAGGAGCAAUGCACACACCAAACAUGGGAGAAAAAGUUGCUCAGGUGUUGUCCCUCGGAGCAGACGUUCUCCCAGAGUACAAAUUACAGUCUCCCAGAAUCCAUAAGUGGACCAUACUACACUACUCGCCGUUCAAGGCGGUUUGGGAUUGGAUUAUAUUGCUGCUCGUGAUGUACACCGCCAUAUUUACGCCGUACGUCGCCGCAUUUGUUCUAUCGGAUCCGGAUUACAACAGCAGAAAGAACAAGAAGUACAGUGACGAUCCCAUCGUUAUCAUAGACUUUAUAGUCGACGUCACAUUCAUCGUGGACAUUAUUAUAAAUUUUCGCACGACGUUCGUCAACAGCAACGAUGAGGUGGUCUCCCAUCCUGGAAAGAUAGCCGUCCAUUACCUGAAGGGUUGGUUUAUCAUCGACCUGGUAGCUGCCAUUCCCUUCGACCUCCUACUCGUCGGCUCGGACACUGACGAGCUCGGCUUGGACAAGGACGAGACGACGACCUUGAUCGGACUUUUGAAGACGGCUCGUCUACUGCGUCUUGUCAGGGUGGCCAGGAAGAUCGACAGAUACAGCGAAUAUGGCGCUGCCGUUUUGUUACUUUUAAUGGCCACUUUUGCCCUUAUUGCUCAUUGGAUGGCGUGUAUAUGGUACGCCAUAGGAAACGCCGAGAGACCGACGCUGAAAAGCAAGGUUGGUUGGCUCGACAUUUUAGCCAACGACACUCAUCAGUUUUACUUUCACAAUAACACCGGCGGGCCGAGCAUAAAAAGUCGUUACAUCACGGCGCUUUAUUUCACCUUCAGCAGCCUCACGUCCGUAGGCUUCGGGAACGUAGCGCCCAAUACCGACGCUGAGAAAAUCUUUACAAUAAUCGUCAUGCUGAUCGGAUCCCUGAUGUACGCCAGUAUCUUCGGUAAUGUAUCGGCGAUCAUCCAGAGGCUAUACAGCGGCACAGCCCGGUAUCACACACAGAUGCUCCGAGUCAGGGAAUUCAUAAGAUUUCACCAGAUCCCGAAUCCACUCCGCCAACGAUUAGAAGAGUACUUUCAACACGCGUGGACCUAUACGAACGGGAUUGAUAUGAACAGUGUUCUGAAAGGGUUCCCCGAGUGCCUUCAGGCCGACAUCUGUCUUCAUCUCAAUAGGAAUCUUUUAAACAAUUGCCGAGCCUUCGAGGGGGCCAGUCCAGGCUGUUUAAGGGCAUUAUCCUUAAAGUUUAAGACCACGCACGCGCCUCCGGGUGAUACUUUAGUCCAUCGAGGGGACGUGCUGACUUCCCUGUAUUUUAUAUCCCGCGGGAGUAUCGAGAUCCUGAAAGACGAUAUCGUAAUGGCUAUUUUGGGCAAGGACGACAUAUUUGGCGAGAAUCCGUGCAUUUAUCCGACGGUUGGAAAAUCGUCUUGUAACGUUCGCGCCCUUACGUAUUGCGACCUUCACAAAAUCCACCGGGACGACCUGCUCGACGUCUUGGCACUUUAUCCGGAAUUCUCCAACCACUUCAGCCAGAAUCUUGAGAUCACUUUUAACAUGCGAGAUGAGGAACAGGCUGGGGUCGAUCCAAUAUCAGCAAGGUAUCCUGUCAGUACUCCAACCGACGUCGACAUCGACGCUAGGAGGUUUGCUUUCCGUCCACCAAGAUACCGUCGAGGACCCGGUGGUCCUGGCACAAAUCUUAUUCCUACAGGUCGACAAGACUCCUUGCAAGACGACCAGGAUGACUACGACAAAGGUAGCGGUCAUGGUAUCUUAGAGUUCAGCACGGAUAAGGCUGGUCAAGACGUGACACCAUUGAAUCUGGAAUUCGAUGAGCCCAAACAGAGAAGCUCGACCUUAAACUCGAUAACUGGCAUGCUAACCCAUCUCAAGCGCAGCAUACCGGAUCUACGUCAACACAAGAUUCACCUACAGCCGCUUACCAGUCACGAUUACCUCGCGAAACAAAUGACCACGCCGCUGACGAAAGCAGCGCGCCGGAGUUCCGCCGCUGGCGAGAGUUGCCUCAAUCAAAACGUCGUUCAUCCCACUUCGACAACGUCGAGCCACUACACCACACCAUCGCCCCCGCAGCAUCCUCAUUCCCAUGGCGACUUUCAGAGUGGCCCGGGUCGGCCCGUGGAGGAGAUUAAUGCCAGGAUCGAUCAGCUGUCGCGGCAAGUAUCCUCGUUGGAGCACUCGAUGGCCAGCGAGAUCAGAUUGAUCCUGAGCUUGCUCCAGCAGACGCUCAAUUCAUCGAGGGAGAGCUCCAGCAUCGAGAUGAUGCCGGGAACCGCGCCAACCGGCACGAAGCAGAGCAGCCGUGCGCCCGCGUUGGUCCAGAGAUCGGCGAGCGAGCCGCAGCCGCCGACGGCACCGGCGGGCAACGGAAACGGAAAGAUUCAACCCAGCACGUCGCACGGUUUGUUCAGACCCCCCAUGAGGGAGCCUACCUCCACGUCAUCGGGAACGUCGCGGUUGACCGUCACGUCGGACACGUCCGCGCUCGCAACGGCGUUGCAAACGGCGCUAAACGGCCGGACCGGGCCCACGAGGUCGCAAAGUCAACCGGUCGACCUGGCAGUGCCGACUAGCACACAGCAGCAAGUCCAUCAGGGUCACGCCUGGCAUAGCCAACCCGCUGCUUUCAGGAGAGGCGAAUACCGGACUGGCGUGCCUUGCGCUAGAUACAGCUCGUUCAAUAAGCGAUCGGAACCGGAGGGUGAAGAUCCCUGGAGCUGCGUAGUGUCAGAGGAUCGAGGAGGCGCCCAACGUCCACGUAGCGGGGACUCGCGUAAGGACUCGUCGAAUCAUCGCGGCGGCAACGGUACAGAAUCUACAUCGGGACAACAGGGUCGGUCGGAGAGCAGACAUGAGGGUGGUACCAGGGGACAGGCGAGCGGACCCCGGCAACAAGACUCUUCGAGACAGACCAGCGAGGACACGAUGUGGGAGUUCACGAUAAACGAAGCACCGAUCGCGAGGCUCGAAUCGCUGGACGAGCUCGAUCAGGAUCACGGUAGUUAAGGGAAAACACGCACGAGGGAGGUCGUCCUAUAUUAGUUAGGAGCCAUCACCGUGACAUCACCGUGAGAAUCAGCUUGUCCCGAUCGACAAAACGUGGAAAGCUGCGACGCGCGAGAGAGACGGGAGAGUGCGACCGAGGCUGUUUGAUCCCUCCGUAGAAAAUUUUAUUCUUAAUCCGAUCGCUAUCAUAGCCAAGACUUGAAGUCAAAUCUCGCAGCUGAAUUACAAGGAACGUAACACGAUAUCCAUAGGACAACUUAGGAGCGCGUACUAUUGAAGGAAGCAUCGAGGUCCAAAAACGUCAAUCUGGUGUAAUCAAUGUAAUCUUGCUAAUAGCCCAUAUAUUGAGAUUGAAAGGAUUAAGGAGCAACACGGUGAGUUGAGUCAUGAUAAAAACAUACAUCGAAAUAAUUUUUUAAACUAUUUAUCCGAAAUACGAUAGAAAGAAUGUCAAAUACUUGUAUUAAUUUUGGAAAUUUAUGAGUUUACGAGAACAAUCUAACAAAAAAAUUCCGUAUAGUUAUAUAAUUCAAUAUCAACUCGAAACAAUUGGGCAUUUUUUUGAAAACUAAAUAAAAUAUAUGUUUCCUCCAAUCGCACAUGCUCUGAAAGACAACCUUAUUCUGCUAAUUCGGAUUAAACAAUUGCUUGUUAAAAAUCGCCAUGCGAUUUAGGCUUUUCAAACAUUCGGCUUCGGAUCGAACGCUCGUCUCUUUCGAGUUCCCGACAUUGCGGUUCAAACAAUCUGACAUUCGUUCCUUCAGAUCGAUUUUUUACGCGUCGAAGAGCAGCAAACGAAAGAAGUAUACCGUAUCUCGCCAAUUAGACGCCAAUUAUUUUACUCACCGACUCGCAAAUAAUUAUUUAUAUAUAUUUACAUGUUAAGAGAGACACCUUAUGCGCUGUAUAUCAUAAGAGGAACAUGAUAAAAACGAAAGAAGCGCAUUGAAAGUACACAAUACGUCGCGCAAUAAAAUUACAGAAAUUUUGAUGGACGAUGGUCGCGAAAAAUCGAGGACAAAAUCACGAAUAGAAUAUCUGAGAUUGGGAGAGGGAGUUGCCAAAGAAUAUUCUUACGGCAAAUGACAUUAUAAGGGUGUUAAGAAAAACGUUCGUUUUUGUUGAUUUAUCGUACGAAUAUUUGGGCAAUCUUUGAUUCGCGAUUCCCCACUGGCAUCUCGGCGUUAAGUGAGAUGGAAAUGUGAGAUUUUACGAUUGAUUUGUUCACUACAGAGUUUUUUACUUUAAGAACUUCUCGAGCGUGGACAAUUUCGAUUUUUGUCGGAUUAAUUAAGACGACUAUGAAAGCAUCUUCUUUUUUAUUCUUGCUUAUAGACGACGUUAGAUCACAGUAUUAAGGUAACGGUACUUACAAAAGAAAUUUCGCGCUAUUAUCACGUAGCAAUCUAAACAGGAACAUGAAGAAACCGAUUUUUCUCGGUUCAGCCACCGUAUAAAGUAGUCAUGUCCUUUAUACAGACAGAAUGCAACAGCGAAAGUGUGUCGCGCCAGCGACAUUAGACAAUUAUCAAAGUUCGUAUUCUUAUGAUUGUUAUGAUUGUAAUUAUUAUUAUUACUAUUAUUAGUUUUAUUAGUACUCUUAUUAUGAUUAUUAUUGUUAUCAUCAUUACUAUCGUAUAACAAUGGGAGAAACGCAAGCGCGACGAGAAGGAAACGAAGAAAAUAACACCGAUGACAUAUAUAUAAUGCCUACGCAAUAAUAUAUACUUCUACAUAUAUAUACAUAUACAGAAAAAGAUAGAUGUAUAUAUAUUCUAUAAAUUUUUUACAAAGCAUUUCAAGUCGCUCUGCUCCUAAACGCGUAUAAACGUCGAUCUCUCUUUCUCUCUUUUCGUUUCUCCGUGACGUUUCUAUUUCCGCCAUUAGUGUCGCGAAUCGAUUAAGAAGGCUGGAAAACAGUGAUCGACUAUCCUGAAAAGCUUACUCCGGCCACACGAGACUUUACAUUUGAUUAUACAUUAAAUAUUCGAUAGAAAGGAAAAGGAGGAGAGAGGGAGGGAGAGAGGAUUCGAAUUCACGGGAAUGGCGCUUCGAGAUCGUUCACAGAUCACUGAUCGCUGAUGUAUUCGUUCUUUGCUCAGUAUUCUAGGCUGUAACCGAUACCGAAUAUUUUCGAUGUAACGAUUAAACACACACGAUUUGUAGUUAAUUCUCUGCGACACGAUAGUGCAGCGGCGCAGCGCUGAUACGGGGAAAUCGCAGCUUUUCAAUUUUGCAGGUAGCGCGGUUUUUUGAUCGUUAAAUUAUCAGUAGUACACACAUACACAUACAACGCAGCACACGUGGAUUCUCGCACUUAGGUACACGGCAGGUGUUGUGCGUACGGUUAGACGAUUCUUUUUAGAAAAAAGGAAGAGAGCCUGGCGUGGUCCCGGCCGAGGGCGGCCACGUUCGCCGCGCAAAUCUCGUUUCGAAUUACUGAUAUGUGUACUGUGUGACGAAAAUACAUAUCGCCGCCUGGCCUUUCGUCGCCGGCCAUAUCUCCUCGGAGUUUCGCAUUAAAAGAAAUUAUUCUUAACGUAUGUGUGGGCUGGUUCCCCGAAUACUUGACGCUCAGUCUUCAGAAAGAUAUAUUGUUCCUUGACUGGUGUGGCAUUCUUUUCUCUGGUUUUUUUUUUCCACUAUCAAUUGCCGAAUGCCGUUGCUAAUACCGAAGGGUUUUUACUUAUUUAUUAUACUAGUUGUAGCAAUAAAUAUCCACAGUUUGCCUUGUUUUUUAACUUCAAAUGUAAACUGGGACUGUAUUAAGUAUUCCUGCUGUGCCAUUUAAGGAUUAUCUACUUUUGCCGUUGGUUUAAGUGACUAAAUAUGAUCACUAUUUUUAUAGUCGGAUAAAAGAUAUGCAUAGAAGCAAUGUUCGUAAUUUUAUCUUAUUCAAAUGUUAAAUAAUACUAAAUAAUUACGGCAAAUCAAGAAAAUAUUCUUUGUGCAUUUUGUUUACGUUUGCUCAAGUUUACGUCUCUCAUUCUAACGUAUAGGAUUAUGUAUGAAAGAUAUUCAAGUUUUUUUUCUUAUUUUUUUAACAAAAUAUUUUCGAAAAUUAGUAUAGUAUUGAGGACAUGCAAAAGAACUUUAUUGAUUUCUUUGAAUAUAUAUAAUCUGGAAUAACGUGAGAAUGAGAGAAUGAAGCUCGUGUGAAAAACUGAAAAACUACGGCUGGCCAAAUGUGGCCGCCCUCAAUCGCGUAGACAGACGCAGCUGGCGAAGACACUGAGCAUACGAUACGCGCAAAACGGGAAGGAUACGUGAUCAAGUUAUCUCCCUUGCGCCGAAAUUGCGAGUCGCACUCGGGCGACACCGAUUGCAUCGCGAAUUUUAUGACAACGACGACUCCGACUUCCCUCGCGAGCAAGCGGUUUACGAGUAGACGCUACAUUUAAAAGGUAUUUUAAACACGUUACAUUUUUCGCGGGAAAAAACGUAUGUAACAUUUUAUACAUAGUGUCUGUGCCCAUUAUAAAUUCAUGCUGUGCAAGACAAGUCCGUCGCUCUUUCAAUCCCGAAGCAGGAGGUCAGCGAGAGAGGACGUUCCGAGGGAAAUGGAUCACGAUUAAAAAGUCGCCAUAGUAGAACUCUCUCUUUCUCCACGAAGGUUCCACGGGGAAAAUUAACGUUCUGGAAAUAUGGAUGUCUUGAGAAAUAUCCCGCUUUCGUUAUUAAUAUUCUGGUAGCUACAUAGAUAGAAAGAGAAGCUAAAGAAAGCCCGUUGAAAUUAUUUUGACACCUCGGCGAUAGCAAACGCGUCGCCGUUUUCGCAUGCCGCUAGUUUUUUCAACGCGACAAAUAGUGGACGAAUGACGAAUGCAAUCCAAGAGUUCGGUUCUAAUUAUGUCGACUUCUUAACCACGUCACUAUGCCAAACGCGAUAAUUGGUACGAUCCGUUCGCGCGUCUGUGUGUCCCUUUCUACAAUUCCGAGGAGCUCAAUAUCGCGGAAGGUUUCGGCAAUCUCGAAAUUGUUUAAAAGAGGAUACUGAGCACAAGUCCAUCGUCGAGAAAGGAUCGCCCGAGAUCCUUCCAUCGGAGCUUCGCAACUUUUUCGCCUGGCGCAUACUUUCGUCCUUCGUCUUUCAAACUAUCGAGUGGCUACGCACGAGUAAUAUGUAUCAUCGAGUACCUUGAUCCCUCAGAUUUUCAAUCUCUAUCGCCUGCUCGCCGAUGAAAAUAAAAUCCUGCGAUCUCUCAUCAAAGCCGCCUCUUGCUUUUUCUCUACCGCGAUUGGUUCAUUCGCGUGUGUGGAUAUAAUUCUGAAUUUUUCAAUUCCAGAACCGAGACACAUUUCCCAUGCGAAAAAUGGGAGUUUAAUGAAAUUCGAAGUUGAUUUCGUAUCGAGAGCUGAAUCGAGGCGAAAUUGGAUCCGAGUUUCAACAAUGUUUUCUCGCGCGCUCGCAAAAAAAAACGUCGGAAAUUUGCGUGCAAAAUUGAAGAGACGCGGAGUGCGAGAAAAGCAGACGGAAGGAAAAAAUUCCCAAUCGCGGUAGACGAAUCCAAUCACGCGUUCUUUAUCCAGAUUCAGCGAUUUAAGAGAUUGUUCUGUAUAUAAUAUAUGAUAUAAUCUUGGAUUGUACGAUUGUACGUCGAGCGCACUGAUUUGUAACACUUGUAACAUGGAGAUUAGUUCGAAAGUGAAUGCGACAAAGGAGACUUUUUGCACCGCCCCCGCCCCGCUCCUGCCCUCCAGCUAACAUCCCCGAUCGCAGGGCGAGAUGGUCCUGAGAGCAUCAACAUCUCCCCGAUCCGCCCUCCCAAGGGCGGAACAGCUCAAGUAGCUGAUUUUCAGUAGGAAAUCAAAAUUAAUUUAUCAUCAUUUGAUUUUAAUUUUAUUCAUUUUGUAUUCUGUUUUUCAUAAAACUGUAAAUUAUAAUCGUAAUAAUUUAACAUUAUUUAGGUUUCAAGAAAUGACAAAAUUGAUCAAAGUACUCUGUCACACUGUUUUAAAUAUUGAAUUUUACUUGCGGAUCAAGUGUUAUUCUAUUAACGUCGUAUCUGUAUUAUUGUGUAAGUUGUGAAUUUGCAGAUUUGAUCAAAUGAAAACGAUUGUUGAUUAGCGGUGGAGCAGGCGCUGGGAGUGGCGGUGAUACCGGUGGUGACGAAACUGUGUUGUGUAUCUAUAAGUUUUCAUAUAUAUUGCAUAAAAUAUGUUUAUUACAUAUUUUCACUAUGCCAA